CCUUAAAAAAAAUUUAAUUUUAGUCUUCUAAAAUUAACACCGUUAAAAGAUAGCUGAUCUGGUUAACGGUAGACUCAGACUAUCUUUUUUUUCUUACAUUAAGUCAGUGUUUCGUAACUUUUCUCCUUCUCCCUCUUACGAUACCCUGUUGCAAGCACCACUGCAUCAACAUCUUGNUUUUCACCAUUAACAAGCUCCACGCACCCAUUAUCGAACCUCUUUAUGGUUGGAACAACUUUUAUGUCACCAGAUUUGAUUUUCUCCAACGUUCCAAUGUCCAAAACAGGGGUCUUACCCUUUAUGUUCUUCCACAAUAAAGGACCUUCCACAGGUCUUUCGAGUCCAAACCUUCCAAAGUGUUUAUGUUCUGUCAAUUUUGUAAAUUCGUGAAAUAUUUGUUUAUGAAUGUUGUCGCGUUGUGGGGUGUUUAAGUAUGGGGUAAAAUUGUUAUAUGGGAAAAGUUGUCGCGUUAUUAGGGUAGAUAGUGGUCCCAUAGGUCGUUCUUUAACUUAAUGUAGUGAUCCCCGUUUGCAUUUGUAGGGUUAGGGUUGGGAUGUCUAAUGAGAGGUUUCAGGUAGUGGUCCACCACGGUGGGACCUUGAUAAAAGACGUGCCAUUUAAGUAUAUAGGUGGGGAGAUAACAUAUUGGGAGGUUGACCUCGACAAAUGGUGUUAUUUUGGAAUAGUAGGUUCACUUAAGCACCUAGGUUACAUGCAAGUAGCAGAGUUAUUUUAUAGUGUUCAACAUGUAUUACACAAGUUGUAUGAUGAUAAAGGAGCUAUGAACAUGCUGAAGGUGGCUCAUUAUUUAGGAAAAGUAAACCUGUAUGUUGUACAUGGGGUGGACAAUCCAGAGGUAGUAGAAAAUGAUGUCAAUGAUGUGUUGUACUUAUGUGAAGGACCUGUAGACAGUGGUGAGGGUAGUGGGGUUGAGGACGAAGAAGUCGAACAACAUAAGGCUAUUGAGGAUGGAUUGGAUGUUGAUAAUGAGGGUGGAGUUGAGGUUCAUAGUGAGGGUGUUGAGGCUCCAUUUCAGCUUGAGAAUGAGUGUGUUGAGGGUGGACUUGAGGUUGAGAAAGAAGAACUAGUAGUUGACAAUGAUGUUGGAGUUGAGGUUGAUAUGGACGGAGCAGUGGAGGUUGAAAAUAGGGGUGGAAUGGAGGUUGAGAAUGAGGGUGGAGUUGAGGUUGAUACUGAGGGUGUUGGUGUUGAGGCUCCAUUUGAGGUUGAGAAUGAGUGUGAAGGUCGAGUGAGGUUGAGAAAGAAGAAGUGGCAAUUGGUAGUGAUGUUGGAGUUGAGGUUCAUAUGGAAGGAGUAGUGGAGGUUGAGAAUGAGGGUGGAGCUGAGGUUGAUACUGAGGGUGUUGAGGCUCCUUUUGAGGUUGAGAAUGAGUGUGUUGAGGGUCGAGUUGAGGUUCUAAAUGAAGAAGUGGUAGUUGACAGUGAUGUUGGAGUUGAUGUUCAAAGUCAAUAAGAAGUUGACAAUGAAGAAGAAGAAGUUCAGAUUGAAGAAGAAGCAGCUCAUACUGUUGAAGAAGAAGAAGUUCAUAUUGAAGAAGAACCAGUUGAGACUGAUGAAGAAGAAGUGGAAGUCGAUAGUGAGGAUGAACCAGGAAUAGAGGAUCUGAGUGGUGAUGAAUACGUGGAUGAAGACAGUGAUGAUGAAGCACAACCAAUUGGAAGGGGUUUGUCAGAUGGUGAAUGGGGGUCUGAUGUGCUCUUAACGCCACAAAAUAGUGGAAGUGAUGAGGAUGACAUCGAGGAUAGAGUAUAUGGUGGUCCCUUUUUAAAGUAUGUAAAACAUAAAUCAAUGGCAGAUUAUAGGUGGCAAGUAGGCACCACAUUUACCGAUAAGGAUGACUUUAAGGAUGUCAUACGAAGGUAUGUUGUUUAUGCUGGGAGGGCUCUAAAAUUUGUGAAAAAUGAUAAACGUAAGGUGAGGGUCAGAUGCAUGGGUGGCCAAGGAAAGUGUCCAUGGGUGGCUUAUUGUGGGUAUUUGCCAUCACGUAAAAUUUGGUAAUUGAGGAAGAUUAUUGACACCCAUACGUGUAGUAGGCAACUUAACAUUAAAAUGAUGAAUGCUAAGUGGUUGAGUCAGGAGAUUGAUAAGUCUUUAAUUGACAAUCCUAAUUUAAAAGUGCAAGACAUACGUAGUAAAGCAUUAAGGAAAUGGAAUACAAAUGUGUCAAUUUCAAAGGCAAGGAGGGCAAAGUUGAUUGCAUCCCGACAACUGGAAGUAGAUUACAAAGAACAGUUUAAAAUGAUGUAUGACUAUGGGCAUGAGGUGUUGAGGUAUAACCCAGGGUCAACAGUGAAGAUUAAAGUUGACAUGAUAAUGGUGAACCAAUCUUCCAAAGAAUCUAUGUUUGUCUCAAAGCUUGUAAAGACAGUUUCAUGAGUUGUAGGCCCAUUGUAUGUUUAGAUGGGUGUUUUAUGAAAGGUCAGUUUAAGGGGGAGGUAUUUACUGCUGUUGGUAGAGACCCAAACGAGCAAAUGCUACCACUAGCCUAUGCAGUUGUAGAAGUGGAAAACAAAGAGACUUGGACGUGGUUUUUGCAAAUACUAAUUGAACACCUAAGGGGAAAUGAAGUCUGUGGGAGGUGCACGUGGAUGUCUGACCAACAAAAGGUAAAUGUAACGUGUAUAUUUCAAUAAUAUACUUUAUGGUUUGUUAAGGUGUAUGCUAUAUUAAUAAUUUCAUGUGGGCAGGGGUUAGUACAAGCUAUCCAGGAGCUUCUGCCUAGGGUAGAACAAAGAUUCUGCUUAAGGCACAUGUAUUCAAACUUCAGCAUAAGAUUUAGUGGUCAAAUAUUAAAGAAUAUGAUGUCGAAGCAUACAAAUACCUAAUAGGCAUUCCCCCAAGGUUUUGGUCAAGAUCGCACUUCACAGGUCAAGCAAUGUGUGAUAGCCUAGAUAACAACAUCACUGAAGCUUUCAACAGUAUUCUUCUGCAUGCUAGAGAACAACCAAUUAUCACCAUGCUCGAGGAAAUAAGAGUUUGUCUGAUGAAACGAUGAUCCACCAACAAAACCAAGGUGGCAAGUAUGAAUUUCACAAUAUGCCCAAAGAUAAAAAAGAGACUUCUAAACAAAUCAAAGUUAUCAAAAUUCUGGGUUCCAAGCUGGUCUGCUAGAAAGAUAUUUGAGGUUAGCCACAGUUCAGCCAUUGACAACAAGUUCAAGGUGGACCUGGACACUCAUGACUGUAGCUGCAGAAAGUGGUUGAUCAGUGGCAUCCCAUGCUGUCAUGCAAUUGCAGCAAUGAAUUACUCAAGUUUAGACGCAGAAGAUUUUAUACCUACGUGCUUUAGAAGAUCGACAUAUGAAGAAGUUUAUGCCUCCAUAAUUUACCCUGUCAAUGGCCAUUUGCUAUGGGAAAGAACGCCCUAUCAUGAUGUAUUGCCACCAAUUAAGCGGAAGUUACCUGGGAGGCCCAAGAAAAAAAGGAGGUUGGAGGCAUGGGAGCUCACUAAAGAUGACACUCAAAUGCAUGUUGGUGGGCACAUCAAGAAAUGUAGCAUAUGUCGUCAGAGGGGUCACAACAAAAACAAUUGUCCUUUAUGUCCUCAACCAACAGAAACAACAGAAAAUCAACCAUCACAGCCAUCACCAAGUACCCAAUCCUCUGGAUCAUCGCAGGAACAACCAAGUACCUAAUCCCCUGGACCAUCACAUCCACCACCAAGUACCCAAUUCCCUGGACCAUCACAGGCACCACCAAGUACCCAAUCCCCUGGACCAUCACAGGCACCACCAAGUCCUCCAACAUCCCAUCCACCAACGUUGAGGAAAAAAUUAGAUUGCAGAAGAAAAAAUACUUUAAUGAUUUGUUAAGUUGUUAUGUACUCCGAUUGUGAUUUUAAGUUGUUGACUUUGAGAUUGUGAUGUUUUAUAGUUCACUUUGAGAUUGUGAUGUUUUGUAGUUCACUUUGAUGGUGAUAUACUAUGGUGCUACAACU